AUGGAGGAGCAGCUGAGCCCGGUGGCGGUGACGCACCUGCUGCAGCACACGCUCCGGAGCCUCUGCACCAGCGACGCCUCGCAGUGGGUCUACGCCGUCUUCUGGCGCAUCCUCCCCCGGAACUACCCUCCCCCCAAAUGGGAUCUCCCAGGUGUGGCGUAUGACAGGACCAGAGGAAACAGGAGGAACUGGAUCCUGGCGUGGGAGGACGGCUUCUGCAACUUCGCGGCCACCACCUCUGCAGCCGCCUGCGGCCAAGAGGGCGCAGGCGCCGCCGCAGCUGCAUACGCGGACUGCGAGGCUGCCGCCGCAGCUGCGCAGGAGGCCAAGCAGGGCCUGGGCCUGGGCCUGCAGCCUGAGCUCUUCUUCAAGAUGUCCCACGACAUCUACAACUACGGCGAAGGGUUGAUAGGGAAAGUGGCGGCGGACCACAGCCACAAGUGGAUCUUCAAGGAACCCCCCGAGCAGGAGAUCAGCCUCAUCUCCUCCUGGAGCAACCCCGCCGACUCCCAACCGAGGACAUGGGAGGCGCAGUUCCAGUCUGGAAUCCAGACCAUCGCGCUGAUCGCCGUCAGAGAGGGCGUCGUGCAGCUCGGCUCCAUGAAAAAGGUGGCGGAGGACCUGAGCUACGUGGUGACGCUGCGCCGCAAGUUCGGGUACCUGGAGAGCAUCCCGGGGGUGCUGCUGCCGCACCCCUCGUCGGCCGGCGUGUUCCCGGUGGCGGACGUGGCCGCCGCGGGCUGGCCGGGCAUGAUGCCGCCGCCGGACAUGUACGUCGACCCCUACGUGCCCGGGCCGGCGCCCAUGCACAUCAUGCCGUCCAUGAGCAGCCUCGAGGCGCUGCUCUCCAAGCUGCCGUCGGUGGUGCCGGCGCCCCCGCAGCCGCCGGGGUCCAUGCCGGGCGUGGCGCCGCCCUCGGACGCCGCGGCCAAGGAGGAGGCGGAGGAGGACUACAACGCCCACUGCCACGCCAUGGACAUGUCGUCCGUGCCGAGCAACGGCGGCGAGAGCACGAGCACGAGCGCCGCCGCCAACGCCGCCACUCCCAUGUCGUCCUACUUCCUCGACGUGGGCGGCAAGCCCAGCGAGGCCGGGUUCUAG